AUGGCGGGGGGCGGGGAUAAGGUUGACUACGUCUUCAAGGUGGUGCUCAUCGGCGACUCCGCUGUCGGCAAGUCGCAGAUCCUGGCGCGCUUCGCCCGCAACGAGUUCAGCCUCGACUCCAAGGCCACCAUCGGGGUAGAGUUCCAGACCCGGACGCUUGUAAUCGACCACAAGUCCGUCAAGGCUCAGAUCUGGGACACCGCCGGGCAGGAGAGGCAAGUCCACUCUCUUUUCGCGUUCCUCCUCGUCGAUCAUUUUUUUUUCUUUUUUGUUGUCGUGGGUGGGUGGGUGGGGAUCUGGGUGGUGAUGCCGAGCACAUGUGCUGUCAAAGUUAAGCAUAACACUCCUGUUGUCAUCCGUGACAUGGUGGGAAAAUGUUGA